UUCAUUGCAUGCAAAUCUUGCUUUUUAGAGGCAAAUGACGUUUUUUUUGUCCUCUUGCUGUUUUAACUGGCAGUUGUUUCAUCUACAGUCUAGAGUCAACUAGCCUGAGUUAGAUCCUCAGCAGUGUAUUUUCUUGAAGAUGCUGGGUUCUGUGUGUAGAUUUGUUUUUGAAUUUCCUGUGGUGAAAUUAGCAAAGGCUUCCCUGCUGAGAGUUGGAUGGAUAAGUUAAUGUGGCAAGAGGCUGUCACAACAGGACCUAGGAGCAAGUCUUGCAAAAGGUUGAGUUUCUGGAGAUGUGUGGGAGAGUGCUUGUCAGUGAAGGGUAAGGAGGAGUGGAGGGAAGAAAGAAUAAGAGAGUUCUGUUUCAAAAGAGUGGGUCAUAUCUGACUGACUACAUUUAUAUUUUGUUUCAAAGUACAAGAGCAGCCUGUUUGCACAAAUGGUGUGCACUCUGUCCUUUUACCUCUUUUGGGCAUUUUCUGCCAGGAGCUUGCCAGUCCUGAGAAACCAGGAAGAAUCUCUGCAGGGGUGCAGGAAUGUAGGGUCUCAAACCUUCAUCCCUGACUUUAAAUAUCCCAGCACAUGUUUAUGUCGCAUAGACUGUGGAGGAAUAAGAUGAGGCGCCAGCAGAUUGCUUACAGUUAAAAUGAGGAUGGCUGUUAAGGUUUACUAAAUCUUUUAUUCUGUGCUGGAAGCUGUUCUAAGUUCACUCCAUGUGCUGUUUAGUCCUCACUUCAGCCACUGAAGAUUCGGAAUUGAAGAAAUUUUGCUCCAAAAACAUCCUGGUUAUUCUUGGCUUCUCCUCUAUCAUAGCUGUGAUAGCGUUGAUUGCUGUGGGGAUGACCCAGAACAAACCAUUGCCAGAAAAUGUUAAGUAUGGGAUUGUGCUGGAUGCAGGCUCUUCUCACACAAACUUGUACAUAUAUAAAUGGCCAGCGGAGAAGGAGAAUGACACAGGAGUGGUACACCAGAUAGAAGAAUGUAAAGUGAAAGGUCCUGGAAUCUCAAAAUAUGUUCAGAAACCAAAUGAAUUAGACAUGUACUUGACUGAAUGCAUGGAAAAGUCCAAGGAAGUGAUCCCAAGUUCCCAGCAUCAAGAUACACCUGUUUAUCUGGGAGCCACAGCGGGCAUGCGAUUACUCAGAAUGGAAAAUGAACAGUCGGCAGAAAGGGUCCUGGCUGCAGUGUCAAGGAGCCUUAGCAACUACCCCUUUGACUUCCAGGGCGCACGGAUUAUCACUGGCCAGGAGGAAGGUGCCUAUGGAUGGAUUACCAUCAACUAUCUGCUGGGCAAAUUCACUGAGAAAUUGAGUUGGCUCAGCCUGAUCUCACAAAGUCAGGAAACCUAUGGUGCUCUGGACCUUGGGGGAGCCUCUACACAAAUCACUUUUGUGCCCCUAAACGACACUGUGGAGUCCCCUGAAAACUCUCUGCAAUUUCGUCUUUAUGGCAAGGACUACACUGUAUACACACACAGCUUCUUGUGCUAUGGGAAGGAUCAAGCACUCUGGCAGAAACUGGCCAAGAAUAUUCAGGUUUCAAAUAGCAGCACCAUCAGUGACCCAUGCUUUCACUCUGGAUAUGUGAAGACAAUGAAUAUAAGUGAGGUCUACAAGAGCCCCUGUACCAACAGGCUCCAGAAGAUGCUGCCAUUUGAUCAGUUUCAAAUCCAGGGUACUGGAGACUACAAAAAAUGCCAGCAAAGUAUCCUUGAGCUCUUCAACACCAGUUACUGCCCUUACUCCAGUUGUGCCUUCAAUGGCAUUUUCUUGCCACCACUCCAAGGGAAUUUUGGGGCAUUUUCAGCUUUCUAUUUUGUGAUGGAUUUUUUAAACUUAACAUCAGAAAGCGUGUCCUCUGAGGAACAGAUGAUUGAGAGAAUGGGAAAUUUCUGCUCUAAGUCCUGGGAUGAGGUAAAGACCUCUUUUCCCGGAAUAAAGGAGAAAUACCUGAGUGAAUACUGCUUUUCUGGUGCCUACAUCCUCUCCCUUCUUCUGCAAGGCUAUCAUUUUACUAAUGAUUCCUGGGAGAAAAUUCAUUUUAUGGGCAAGGUCGAGGGCAGCAAUGCCGGGUGGACUUUGGGCUACAUGCUGAAUCUGACCAACAUGAUCCCAGCUGAGCAACCAUCAUCUGCACGUCUCCCACAUUCCACUUACAUCUUCCUCAUGGUCCUCUUCUCCCUGAUCCUGGUAGCAGUGUUCAUCACAGGCAUAUUUAUAUGUAACAAGCCUUCCUACUUCUGGAAAGAAAUGGUAUAGCAGGAGCAGCUGAAAUCCGCUGGAUGGAAUAAGAAAAAAACAAAAAACUUGCCCAAGGAGCACUUUCCUCCAGGCAGCAGAAUGUAAGAUUAUCCUUGAUUUCCAGGGCCAAUCUAGACCAGCCUGAGGCUUCCUUUGGAUGCAUUUCGCCAACCUCUGCCUCAUGAGCCUCCUGGCAGAUACUGUAUCUUGUUUGUUUUUCCUAGUCACCUCUUUCUCCUUUGUACUCUAUGCUUGUAUAGGUAUAAAGACCUGCCACCUUUCAUGAUUUUUGCUUUAUAAAAGAACAAUACUGACUUCAUCAUGAGUCUCAUGCAGGGAAGCUGAAGCAGUUGAAAAAAGAAUCUCAGAAACUGGCUCACUCAUAAUAUUUAUGAAUCCCUCCCUCCUUCCUUCCUAUAUAAAAAAAGCCAUACAAUAUCUUUGGAAAGAGCAGACAUAAAUCCCAUUUUCAGCCUUAGCCAAAGAGUUUGCAAGGAAAUCUAUGUUUGUGCAUCCAGUACAAUUGUUAAUCCCCUUAAAAUUGGUAUGUCAAUUAAUUAUAUUUUCCUGGGUAAGAACAAGAUGCUAUCAUGUGAAACACUUGGCCCAUAGAUUUUCUUAAAAGUCAGAUGUACAGAUGAGUAUUUAGAUGUAAGAGAAUAUUAAGUUGUAGAUGUUAGGAAGAAAAAAUCAGUUUGUCUCAGGGUCAGGAAAACUGCAACCUCCAAUACAUCUUUUCAAGCUUUGUUUUUAUUAUCUUAAAAUACACAUAACAAAAUUUCACCAUCUUAACUCAGUUCAGUACAUUGAGUAGCAUUUAGUAUAUUUACAAUGUUUUGCAAACAUCACUCUUUUGCUUCCUAAUACUUCUUCACCAAGUCGUUGGCUAUCACAAACCUUUCAGCUAAAUGUGCUAAUGACCUCUACCACAAAGACAGUUCACUGAAUUUUAAAGCCAUGCCACAUCUAUUAUCCUAAGAUUUGAUUUAGUGAGAGUGUGGCAUUUUUGGGUGGAGUGGCAUGCUUUUCUCCUGUGCCAGGAACCAAGUCUGAAGGCACUGUUCUCAUCUCUUACACAAGCAUGAGCUUCCUUUAGUUCAUAGGCUGUUUUGUGGUAAAAUGGCUAUGGUCUUUCUUAUGGAAACAAGAAGAGACCCUGCCAUUUCAUUUACAGAUUGCUGCAAGUUACCUGUUGAGCAGGACUGAGUGGUGGCAUUAUUCUCACCUUAUCCCGGGAAAUCUGUCCCUUUCUGGAUCCAAGGACUGACAGUUGAAUUGAUGCAGAAAGCAAGCUCUCCUACAAGCUAAAAGCCAAAUGUCCUUGUAUCUCUUGAACGAUCAAGCCAUUUUUU